GUCCAGUAUACAAGGGAUGGUGAGAAAAUAAUAUAUAAAAGAAAAAUAAGAUACUUUUCGCUAGGACCUUUAUAUACCCCUUAAACCCUUCUCCUUGGUUUUAUAAUCCUCUGCCUCUUUCCCGGCUCGCAAAACCCUAGUUUCGAAUCUUUACCCACAACAGAAAUGGCUUUCUGCAAAAGUCUCGGUGGUCUACUCAGACAAGGUGUGGUUUCUCAGACCGGAAAUGUUCCGGUUACGUCUAUGCUCGGUUCUCUCCGGUACAUGUCUACCAAGCUUUUCGUUGGAGGUCUCUCAUGGGGAACUGAUGACCAGUCCUUGAGGGAGGCUUUUGCAAACUUUGGUGAAGUGGUCGAUGCUAAAGUCAUUGUUGAUAGAGAAACAGGAAGGUCUAGGGGUUUUGGAUUUGUCAACUUUACUGAUGAGACCGCUGCUAAUACUGCCAUUUCAGAGAUGGAUGGAAAGGAUCUGAAUGGACGGAGCAUUCGGGUGAAUGUUGCUAACGAAAGACCAAGUACUCCUCGGUAUGGCGGAGGUGGUGGCUAUGGCGGAGGUGGUGGCUAUGGCGGAGGUGGUGGCUAUGGUGGAGGUAGCUAUGGAGCAGGUGGUGGUGAUGGUGGCGGUUACUAAACAGAGAGAGUUUCUUAUGAAAAGAUUUGAUGGUUUUUGUUUAGUUGGGUUUCUUUAAUUGAAUCUUGUGUUACAACUUGAACCUCGUUAGCCAUUCCUCGUUUUGUCGAUUAACAUCUUGGAUUGAUACUUUGUCGCCCCCACUAAAGUGCAUCUAUGGGUUUGCGUUA